AUGAUAAAAAAUGUUAAAAGUAUAAGCGUCAUUGGUAAUAACUUAGAUUCAUUAUCCCUAAGUUAUUUUUUACAAUGUAAAAAGUUAAAUGUGAACCUACUAUUAACAAACAAAAGUACAAACUCUAUAAAUACCUAUCAUCAUAAAAAAAAUGUAAUAGAAAAGGGACAUUACACAUUUGUUCUCAAUGAUGAGUCUUACUUAUCUCUAUCCCUUCUAAAAAGUUUACAUUUAAAACCAAAAGUUAUUGAACGUAAUAGAUAUUCAAACAAUGUUUCCUUUUUGGAUGUGAAAGAAAGAAAGUACAAGAUUAAUAAAUAUUUAUUUAGAAUAAUUUAUAAUUUGUUGAAGGAUUAUUUUUCCAAUAAGUCUAUAAAUAUUGGCAAGAAUGAAACUUUGAAUAAUUUUAUACUUAAACAUUUUGAUAAGAAAAUAUGUGACAAUUUAAUCGCUCCGUACUGUUACCAUUAUUUUAAUUACUCCCCCGAAAAUGUGUUGAUGAG